GAACAGGACAAACAUACAGGGUUUACCUCAUCCUGGGCCGCUCGUUUCAGCUGCUGCGCUCUCACUGCAUCUGUGAAAAUGGAUUCCGGUCGGAAGAGGAAGAACGAUCCGAUCUCAUCAUCAGAUCGAUCUGACAAGAACAAGAGGAAGCCAGAUAGGCCAUCCUCCUCCGGAGACAAGGUUAGGGCUUACCACAUACUGAUAAAGCACCAGGGCUCUCGUAACAUGAAGUCCUGGAAGGAUCCAGAUGGCACCGUCAUCUCCAAAACCACCAGAGAUGACGCCGUCGCUAAGCUCAAGGAACUUCGCGCAGACAUCGUCUCUGGAAAAUCCGAUUUCAAAGACGUCGCAACCAAGUUUUCCGACUGCAGCUCCGCCAAGCGAGGUGGAGAUCUCGGUGAAUUUUUCAGGGGUCAGAUGCAGAAGCCUUUUGAGGAAGCAGCAUUUUCACUUGAGAUUGGUGAUAUAAGUGAAAUUGUUGAGACCAACAGUGGUGCUCACAUAAUCAUGCGAGCAGCGCCACGUUCUAAUCGCUGAUGACGAGCCAUAGUUCCACGCCAUAUUGAAGAUUUUGUUGGGGCCUGCGGUAUUGAGCAUUACCGAAGAUUAUAACUAGGAAACACUUGUCUUUUCUAUGCUCAUAGCAAUGGCUGUGUGGUAUCAUGGAUGGAUAAUAACCUGAAGAAAAUUGUUUGCCGGUGACUCGGUGAGUUCUGUUUGGGGACUUUUUUCCUUUUGGUUUGACAUUUUCUGUUUGGGAUUCUGGAUGAUGAGUAGGGAGAUGACAAUGGACCCAUCUGCAAAUGUGCAUAUGUAACCUCCAUCUUGUGUUUUUAUUAUUUUUAGAUCCCUCCUGCAUUUUCUUUCUUGGAACAUUUUGUGCCAAUUCCAUAAGCAUUAUGUUUCUUUCAGAUGUACCCAUAAAAAAAAAAGAAUAAAACAUGUGUGUUUCA